AUGUUGGUUCAAAAGCUGAAAACAUUGUUCUUCGCAUUGUCCGCCGAUUGGUGGGCCGAGUUCCGCCAAUGGGAACAUCUGUGCUGUCCACAGCGGACAACAGCGCGGUUAGUGUUUUUGUUCCUGUUUUUCUUGCUGCUAGAGCUAACCGUUUUCGUCAUAACGCUACUCUACAUUCCUUCGCGUAUCGACACGGGAUCCUUUUUCCUGAACAACGGUGUGCCUACGAUCUUGAUAAUUGGUACCACCGGAAGUGUCUUCGGUCUAACCCAUAUGCUCUCGCAUCGAAGUCAAAUUGGUGGCGUUUCAUUAACGUUGCAACACUUUGAUCGCACACUGCAGCAGCUGGAUUUUCGACUGCGCUGUGAACAAGUCAGCUAUUGGACGACAGGCUGGUUCGUUACGGUGUUGAUCACGACGAUCCUUUUCUCCAUCGCCAUACAGGUGUUUGGCAGACUGGUAUUUAACAACUUGAACACCAUCGUCCUGAUAGCGUUCAUAAACGUUACCAACAUUCCAUACAUCAUUUUCACGGUUUGGUUUAUAGUUUGCGAACUUUGCGUAUCGUACCGUGUGCGAUUGCUUCACUCUCUACUAGAAGGUGAAAUGCGCUCAUUGGCCACGACUAAAAGAACGAAUAGUAAGGUCAAACGACCUAGCCACCUGAUAGCAGGUUUGACCGAUCUGCAUGCGGUACUUUCAAUAGCCGUUGGUCACAUUAGGGCGGUGUUCAGUAUGCACAUAACGGUGACCAUCGGAGCGUACGUUAUUCUGUUGAUAUUUUGCAUAUUUUCGUACUAUCGAGCGGCCGUCGCGUUGGGUGAAAUUGAAACAAACUUUGCCUGGCUAACAGGAUGCUGGAGCCUCUACAACAGUUGCUUUCUGCUACCGAAGGUUCUGUUCGGAGCGUGGAUUAGAAUGGAAGCGGAUCGAUUAACUAAACUCGUUCAUCAUCAUUUGCGCCAAUCUGGGGAGCAAAUGGUGCAAGAUCAGCUGUACAUUUUAUCUCAGCAGCUGGAACAUCAUUCGUUCAGCAUCCGAACGGGGCUGUUCACCAUAAAUUGGCCAGUGUAUGCUUCUGUUAUCGGGUACAUCAGUACGUACGUCGUAAUUCUGAUCCAGUUCGAUAGUAAGGCAAUGGAUAUCUCCAAAACUAACACGCCGCCGAUUGGAAAUUCCCGCUAA